AUGUAUCGUUUACCCUUUGUUUUGCUUUCGGCAUUUCUUCUCAUCAAUGCUGCUGCACAAGCCGCGGGUGUCUGCCCUCUCUUAGGGCCAGUAUACCCGGCCCCUAAACAAUUCUCUAAUAAUACAACAUUCGAUGCAGCCGCGCAGAAAAUAUCUAAUAAACUGGACGAGGCUAUUCGAUCUGCAUUCGGGUCCCAGAAUCCGGUUUUUGACGCCAAUGCGACCUCGUUGGCUUUGCAAAUAUUCUCUGUGGAAGACUCGACCCCAUUGCUUCAAUACUACUAUACCUCGACGCUAACGCAAACAGCUACGACCGGUGUACGGGUAGUCGAUGAGAACACCGUCUUCCGCAUCGGCAGUGUCACUAAACUGCUGACUGUAUUUCUUUUCCUGAUAGAGAAGGGCAAUGUGCUCUUUCACGAGCCUGUGAUAAAGUAUGUCCCUGAACUGCGAGAAGCAGCAGAUGAUCUCCGGCGUAAUGGAAUAGAGAAGGAAGUCCGUAUAGACUACGUGUGCUGGGAGGAAGUGACAAUUGGAGAAUUGGCAAGUCAGCUGUCUGGAAUCUCUAGGCAGUAUGCCCUUGGCGAUCUCUCCCUUGGGACGUCUAAGCUUGUUUCUGUUGGGUUUUCUCAGCUACCAGAAGCGGAUAUUCCACCAUGUGGUCCACCAUUGUCUCCAUGCGAUAGAACACAAUUCUUUCACGGGUUGCUGAGAAGGCACCCUGUUGUUCCGUCUGCAUCAACUCCUAUUUACUCGAAUGCGGCCUUUCAGAUCCUUGCCUAUGCCCUAGAGGAAAUGAUAGGCAAAAGCUUCCCAGAACUUCUUCAAAGAGAUCUUAUAGAUGCUCUUGGCUUGACGCGGUCGAGCACCGGCAAGCCCGCUGACGAGUAUGGUAUCAUCCCUUUUAACGCAACCACGAGUCUUUGGAGUUUAGAUAUAAGAGAAGAAAUCCCUGCCGGGGGUAUCUAUUCCUCUUUAAAGGAUAUGAGCACCGUAGGCCGCGCGAUCCUAAACAGCACCCUCCUCCCUCUGUCCCUGACGAGACAAUGGCUAAAACCUGCUUCUCAUACUUCAUAUCUAAGCUACUCCGUUGGUGCUCCUUGGGAGAUCUACUCGUUUACAGAGCCCCGCAUGAUUGAUCUCUACACUAAAGCCGGGCAGAUAGGCCUGUACUCGUCUAUGCUCGCCGUAUCUCCAGAUCAUGAUGUGGGAUUCGCUAUCCUCGCCGCCGGCCCAGGCGCGGCGGAAGUCACUACGAUGGUUUCUGACAUCAUCGCAACGACUACUGUUCCUGCUCUUGAACAGGUAGCCAAAGAAGAGGCACAUAAGCGGUUCAGUGGGACGUACUCCCUCACGAAUGGGUCGGAUUUCUCGGUUACUAUAACCGUAGAUGGCGGCCCUGGUUUAAAAGUCAUGCAGUGGAUCAACAAGUCACACAAUAUGUCUGAGGCGAUCAAGGCAGCUUAUGGACUGACGGAGUCGACCGAUGUCAGCAUUCGUUUGUAUCCAACAGGACUACAGACUUCAAAAAAGAUUUCCUUCCGUUCAGUCAUUCCGAGUCUCAUACAGGGGUCAUCGCAAGGAAUUGGUCCAUUUACUCGGUCGUGUAGAACUUGGAUGGCCGUGGACGGGAUGGUUUACGGGAGUGUGGGCGUGGACGAAUUCGUCUUUGAAAUUGAUCAUAGAGGGAGAGCGACUGCCGUGUCUCCGCGGGCGAUGCGGGUGUCCCUUCCUCGACUUUUGAGUGAAAGCUCGAUGAAGGGGAAUUAA